CAGUGCAAGAUUCCGGCGUGUUUUGUUAAUUUGUUACAUCAAUCCAAGAUUGGAUCGCGACACCGUUGCAUAGGUGGCGACUUUCGUGGUCUUGGAUAAAAGUAUCAUUUCGGAUUCGCCGAGCAGUCGUCCACCCCCACCAGAAAAAGAACUUUGAGUCAAUGCCACUCUCUGGGUAGCACGUCUCGACUCUCGUGCCAACGAGCGUGUCAUGGCGUCGUGUCACAACCGCUUAACACUUGCACGACAGGUUUACCUCGGAUGUGAAAGUCGUAAGUAAACUCGGUUGAAAUACGCGUGACAAAAGAUAACCGGUGGUGGAUCCAUGAACAUGAGGGAUAAACGGACGUGGCCCAGUGCGAAAGGGAUCGUCGUUAAAAUAUCGAAGGUGACUUAAUGCGGACUUGAUAUAGUAUAUACGCUUGCAAACUAGGCUGGGCCUAUUUUGCAGAAAAUGGCUGCGAACUGUUCGCAAAAACGAGUGAAUAACAAUUUCACGUAACCUGUAUCAGUAUCGCAAACGCCGUGGACGACAGGAAUGACAACCGGCGUUAUGAUGAUCGAAAUGUGAACAAGUGUUGUACUAUUAAGGGAGCGAGAAGAGCGAUGAGAUUGUGUUAAGUGGCGUGCAUUAUUGUUAUUUAGCGAUGAUGAAAAGUGUUACGGCGUGCAAGACGACGGGUCUGCUGGUUGCGCUGGCGCUCGUGUGUUUACUUCAAACAUGCUUCGUAAAUGGUCUGAAGUGCCACUGCGACUACUGCAAGGAUACGAAUUACACGUGCGAGACAGACGGGUACUGCUUUGCAAGUACAUCUCUAGAUAAUGGCGUGAAAACGUAUGCCUACAGGUGUUACAAUAAGACAAUUAUCUUCCCGGACCCGAAGUACCCCGUUUGGUGUAAUUCGGCAAACGAUGAUGUCUCCGUAGUGUUCUGCUGCAACGACGCGGACUUCUGCAACUUCAAUGUCAAGCCGUCUUUUCCCUCUGAACCAAAUACUUCUUCGACACACGUCACUAGAAUCCCUUCCGAUGGAGCUUCUCCACGUGAAAAUGACGGACCAUGGGCUGCUUGGAAGAUGGCGUUGAUGAUUGCCGUCCCGAUAUGCAUCAUCUGCGCCCUUGUCAUGACGGUAUACCACAUCCAGGUGACCAGGAAACGACCUCCGCGGCACUUUACCGAGGAUUCCCUGGGAGCCCCGGACCAGCCGAUACUCAGCGCCGUCUCCAUCAGGGACAUGAUCGAGAUGACGACCAGUGGCAGUGGCUCCGGGCUGCCGCUUCUGGUUCAGCGAAGUAUCGCGCGCCAGAUCCAGCUUGUAGAAACGAUCGGUAAAGGUCGGUUUGGUGAGGUCUGGCGCGGCCGAUGGAGAGGCGAGAACGUCGCCGUAAAGAUAUUCAGCUCCCGUGAGGAACGCUCCUGGUUCAGAGAGGCUGAAAUAUACCAGACAGUCAUGCUUAGGCACGACAAUAUCCUCGGCUUCAUCGCAGCCGACAACAAAGACAAUGGUACGUGGACGCAGCUCUGGCUGAUAACGGACUACCACGAGAAAGGUUCCCUCUUCGAUUAUCUGAACCGUUCGACGGUUGACACGAACGGGAUGAUUCGGAUGGCACUAUCGAUCGCAACGGGGCUGGCCCACCUGCACAUGGAGAUCGUGGGCACGCAGGGGAAACCAGCGAUCGCCCAUCGAGACCUGAAGUCCAAGAAUGUCCUCGUCAAGACGAACGGCACUUGCGCUAUCGGUGACCUGGGACUCGCCGUUCGGCAUGACGUGAUCACCGACACCGUCGACAUACAGCUCAACAACAGGGUCGGGACGAAGCGGUACAUGGCACCGGAAAUCCUCGAGGAGACGAUAAACAUGAAUCACUUCGACUCCUUCAAGAGGGCGGACGUUUAUGCUCUGGGGCUGAUACUAUGGGAGAUCGCUAGACGGUGUAACGUGGGUGGAAUGCACGACGAGUACCAACUUCCGUUUUACGAUUUGGUACCGUCCGAUCCGACCAUUGAGGAGAUGCGGAAGGUUGUAUGCGGUGAAAGGCAAAGGCCUUCUAUUCCGACAAGGUGGCAAUCGAUCGAGGCGCUCCGGGUAAUGACGAAAGUAAUGAAGGAAUGCUGGUACCAAAACGCGGCUGCCAGGCUGACCGCACUCAGGAUUAAAAAGUCAAUAGCCAGCUAUUGCACCAUCGAAGACAUCAAGUAAAUAAUAAUUGUAUGAAGAAGAAAAAAUAAUAAGUGACUAAAGUACCUUUACGAUUGAACAGAUACUAGGUAAAACUACUAAAAAAAAAAAAAAAACGAAGUGACACAGUGGUUUUGCUAAAUCACGUGACAUUCCUUAGUUGGUUCUUUAUUGUUAACACUGAUUGGGUGUUGAGUGGA